CGGCUACAGCCUGUACAGAGGGAGGGAUGGGAAUGCUGAAUCAGUGAAAUUGCAUGAAAGCCUGGGAGAGGGUGGAAGAGGGUAAACGGCAGAGGGAGAGGGAAGAGAAAGGUAACGGCCAGGGUAGAGUGGUUAAGAUGUACAGUAUGAUACCUCGUCAUUCAUUUCAUCUCUUGUUUGUGAAUGUGGAGCUGACAGUUCAGUCUGUUUUACCUCAAGCUUUCCUCCUCAGUUAAGAGACUUUAAACAGACUUGUAAUCUCAGUGCUGCUUUAGAGUGCGGUACAUUUCUAGGGUUUAAAGCCGGAACUGCCCCUUUACAGUUUUCCGCAAGCCAGAAAAGCGAGAUGGAGGUAGAUGAGGUGGUGCGUUUGCCAAGGUUGUCCCGGGUCGCUGUGUGUGGUGGUACACAUGGCAACGAGUUAUCUGGGGUGUACUUGGUGAAAGAGCUGCUGAAGGUGGAGAAGAAAGUGGUGGAGAAGGAGGAGAAGGAAGAAGAGCCUGUGUCAGUGCAAAUGGUGCUGUCGAACCCACGGGCCAUGCAGCAGUGCCGCAGAUAUGUCGACACCGACCUGAACCGCUGCUUCACCCAUGCCACCCUCAAUGGUCCCAUAUCAGACAAGGCCCCCUACGAGAUGAUUAGAUCCCGAGAACUGAAUGCCGUGCUGGGUCCCAAAGGAAGUCCUGAGGCGGUGGAUCUUGUAUGCGACCUCCACAACACCACCGCCAACAUGGGCCUGUGCCUCAUCGCGUACUCAGACUGCGAUUGGAUCUGCCUGCACAUAUUCAGACACCUGCAGAGUCAGAUGCCAGAUACACCAAUGAGGUACAUCCAUUUUGAUGUCUCCAAUAAGGAAUCAUAUUCCCUUGAUUCAGUGGGAAAACAUGGCUUUGCCAUAGAGAUUGGCCCCCAACCUCACGGUGUGGUGAGGUCAAACAUCUAUACAGCAAUGAAAGUUGGAGUGCAGCACAUGCUCGAUUGGGUCCGUUUCUUCAACUCAGGCACUAUUUUUGAAGGAGGAUUUGUGGAUGUGUUCACCAUGAUUAAACACAUCGACUACCCGAGAGACAGCAAGACUCGCAACAUCACAGCAGCCAUUCAUCCUCAACUCCAGGACCGAGACUUCUGCCUGCUCCACCCUGAAGACCCACUGUUCCAGACUUUCUCAGGUGAAACACUGAGGUAUGAAGGCAAUGAACCUCUUUAUCCUUUCUUCAUCAAUGAGUGUGCUUAUUACGAGAAGGGCAUCGCUCUCUCCCUGGCAAGAAAAAGGCGUGUGGUGAUUCCUGCAAUCCGGGUACAGACAGAGCAGGAGCAACAAGCUAACGAACAGGGAUUUGCAUCAGAAGAAGAGUGAGGAUGGCCUUUUAAAACACCUGACAUGAUGAGACUGAUGUGACGAUGAAAUAAACUUUACUAAAAUGUUA